GCACGUUGUGCACGCGCAGGCUUGUGGUGUAAAACAGGAAACGGUGAGAGGCGUCAGUAGCAGUUAGCCUGUAGGCUACCACCACUACACACAGAAACUACAUCCAAGCGUUUAUCUGAAGAAGGGAAUAAAGUGUAUCGUCUGCCCGGUUUAUUGGUUUCAUCGGUGGGACCGUCAUGUCAGAGACGUACGAUUUCCUGUUUAAGUUCCUGGUGAUUGGCAGCGCUGGGACUGGGAAAUCAUGCCUCCUUCACCAGUUCAUAGAGAACAAGUUCAAACAGGACUCCAACCACACCAUUGGCGUUGAGUUUGGCUCCAGGGUUGUCAACGUUGGCGGCAAAACAGUCAAACUGCAGAUCUGGGACACGGCUGGGCAGGAGCGCUUCAGGUCAGUGACCCGCAGUUACUACCGUGGAGCAGCGGGGGCUCUUCUCGUUUAUGACAUCACAAGUCGAGAGACCUACAAUGCUCUGACUAACUGGCUGACGGACGCACGGACACUGGCCAGCCCCAACAUCGUCAUCAUCCUCUGCGGGAAUAAGAAGGAUCUGGAUGCGGACCGUGAGGUCACCUUCCUAGAGGCGUCUCGUUUUGCCCAGGAGAACGAGCUGAUGUUUUUGGAGACGAGUGCUUUAACCGGGGAGAACGUAGAGGAAGCCUUUCUCAAAUGUGCUCGCACCAUCCUCAACAAGAUUGAGUCGGGUGAGUUGGACCCAGAGCGGAUGGGUUCAGGGAUCCAGUAUGGCGACGCGUCCCUGCGGCAGCUCAGACAGCCCCGGGGCUCUGCUGCACAGACCAAGCAGCAGUGUAACUGUUAGGGGCCUGGACACCCUGACCGCUACCUGUCAUCAGACCGUACACACACACAACCUCCCCCUCAGCUCCGGGUGUCUCUGGGUAUGUACGCCCCCCUCUCCCAAACGUGACCCUUCCACACCCAGACACAUCUGGAUCAUUUCUUAUUAAGUCCAUCUGCAACCUUUGACCUCUGACCUCAGAAAGCUCUUCACCUAGGACAGAUCUCCCUGGCUGCUUUGCUGGGAGACCCCUAGCGAGGGCCACGGGCAGUAGAGGUGAAUCCGACCUGACUGAGAGACUGUGCGUGUGUGUGUGUGUGUGUUUAACUUCUCCUGUGAUUCUUACACACACACUUCCUUCUUGUAAACUCAACAGCCAUCAUCUAGACUUCACUAGACUGGGAUAAACAAUUCAACAACAGCAGUAACAUUCCUAGGUCUUAAACUAGAUAUUGUUGAAUCAUUUUAUACAUUGUGACAUAUCAGACCUUUGUUGGAUUGGUUAAAUUGAAUGUCCCCUUUUUGAUUUUGUUUCAAAGUUACCAAAAAUGACCAUAUGAUUGGUCCAUGCAUGUUAGCUGGUCUGUUAGCACAGGCUGCAUUUUUACCUGUUCACAAAUGAAGAUUUCUAUAAUCAUUUACAGCCAAAUAUUGGUCUUCUGAAAGAAAGUGAAGCUCAUUAAACCCUUUAUGCACUCUGUUGCAUUGGCCAUGUGUUUAAAGAGCUCUGAAAGCACAAAGAAGGUGAGACAGGAAAAGAAACAUCUGUUCAGAUCUUGUAAUUCGCUAUCUGCCGCAUAUCAGAUGUUUACCGCCACCCCGCCCUGGCUUGGGUUGGAGGUUAUCAUCUAAACUUAACCUCAUUGGUCAUUUGCACGGGCCGCUAAUGGCUAAAUCAUUUAUUGAAAUUUAGGACAACUCCUCAAUCCGGGGUUUAACAUUUCUUUAAAAGCGUAUUGUCCAGAAAUCAAUCAUUAAAUUGAAGCUUUUGGAGUCUGUAUGGGUGAAUCUCUCAAAAACUCAAGAACAUGUUUGUCAUAUUUCACCCUGAAACCAAAAGAGAGAAAAAAAAAGAGAAAUUUUAUGUUUCCUAAAGAAACAUUUUGGAAUUUUGGUUUAAUUACUAUAAUGUGAAAAAUAUGUAUUAUUAAAUUAUAAAAUAAAUUAUGCAGAUUUUUUUUAAACCUGAAAAAAGUUUAUUACUGGAUUAUAGUAAUGUGAAUAUGAUUUUUUUAAUGCUUAAUUUUCAGAUAAAAAUGUCACAAUGCCUAUUAAAAAAAAAUCAUAAUGGCAAAAUCUAAUUUCUUAUUUUUUUCCUUGUGAUUUUUGGGGUGAAACUGCACCCAGACAUUUCUUUGUGAGAUUCAACCCUUUUAUUGUUCUGUGUAAAAACUGAAACAAGGUAUAUUGUUAGACUGCAACAUAAUUCAUCUUAGUGUACAUAUUUUGGGUUCGCUGUUUGCUCUGGUUACCCAUGACGGGGAGAUCUAGAGGUGACGACCGGCACGGUGCCCCGUUCCCUCAGUGACAUUAUCAUUAUGCACCAUAGACAGACCUGUUUUGAUCUGUGUUUUAAAAACUGUCUAUGUGAUAUGUGUUUUUUCUUUCUGUUUUUUUUUCCUCUGCAAGUGCACUUUUUUUGACUGUUUAUAUACUGUACCUAAUAGAAUUGUAAAAUUUAUAGUAAUUUAAUGAUAUUAAAUGAGAGAAUAUUG